AAGGUAAAAGAGAGGUGUUGUGCAGGGGAAAAUAAAAUAGAGCGAAAAUUUUGAAGCAGAGGAAUCGAAGAAGGUGGAUUGGAUGGAGAAAGCAGAAGGGGAAGAGAAGAAGAGCCGAGUACUAAUAAUCGGAGCAACAGGGAAUCUAGGGUUUGAGCUAGCCAAAGCAAGUCUCCAAUCUUCUCAUCCCACUUUUGCCCUCGUUAGAAAUUUAUCAUCCUCUUCUCAUUCUUCUAAAUCCAACAAGCUUCACUAUCUCUCCAAUGCCGGCGCUACUCUACUUGAGGGUUCACUACAGGAUCAAGACAGUCUUGUUGAAGCCGUUAAGCUAGUGGAUGUUGUUAUUUGUGCUGUUCCAUCCAAACAAGCCCUUCACCAGAAGCUUCUUCUUCAAGUCAUCAGCAAUUCCGGUUCGGUUAAGAGGUUCAUUCCAUCGGAAUUUGGGUUGGAUCCGUACAAAACUCAAGUAUCAGACUUGGAUCACAACUUCUAUUCUAGCAAAGCUGAAAUUCGACAACUUGUAGAAGCUUCAAGUAUUCCCUACACGGUCAUAUCUUGCAACUUCUUCAUGAGCUAUCUACUUCCGUCUUUAGUUCAACCUGAUUUAAAGGCUCCUCCCAGGGACAAAUACACUGUAUUUGGAAGUGGUGAUGUCAAAGGUGUCUUUAUGAAGGAAGCGGAUGUUGCCAGUUUUACCAUCAGUGCCAUGGAUGAUCCACGUACAUUGAACAAAGUUCUCUAUUUGAGACCCCCAGGAAAUAUGUACUCCCUAAAUGAACUAGUCCAACUUUGGGAAAGUAAACUCCAGAAGACACUUGAGAAAAUUUACAUUCCUGAAGAAGAACUCCUAAAGAAAAUAAAAGAGACUCCAUAUCCGGAAAAUAUGACAAUGGUUUUUAUAUACUCGACAUUUGUUAAAGGAGACCAGAUAUAUUUUGAUAUUGAUUCAUCUGGCGGGGUGGAAGGGACACACUUGUAUCCACAACUGAGAUACACCACAAUAAGCGAGUACCUGGACACCCUGUUGUAAGAUUUAUGCUCACAACUUUUCCAUGUAUUAGUUUUUGUUGGUAUACAACACUGGUAGCCGGGCGAGAGGCACAUGUACAAUAAAAUCUGGAUGACCAACCCAUCUUGGGAUCCAUUAUCUUUUAUAUUGUUAUCAGAGCAAUGAUAGAGGUCCCAAAAUAAAAUAGGUACCAAAAGACAAGUGCGUGUUUUAAUUUGUGGGGUUAAUGUAUAUGCUCCAACAUUUCUCUUAUCUUUUAUAUUAUUAUUAUUGGUACAAUAAA